AUGGCGACACUGCGAAUGAAUGGUUCCGUUGCUAUGGUCGGCAAAGUUCACACUCCGCUGAUUCCUGUGCAGAGAAGUCCUUACCCCGGUAAAAACCUUCUCAAGGAUCCGGUUUCGGUCGUGGAUUCGGAAGCCUUUGAGAUUAUGAAGAAGGAGAAAAGGCGUCAACGUCGUGGUCUCGAACUGAUCGCCUCCGAGAAUUUCACCACCAAAGCAGUGAUGGACACUGUGGGCUCGGCCAUGUGCAACAAGUACUCCGAGGGUUACCCAGGUGCAAGGUAUUACGGUGGUAACGAGUUCAUCGACCAGAUGGAGCUGUUGUGCCAGAAAAGAGCUCUUGAAGUCUUUGGUUUGGAUCCCGAACUGUGGGGUGUGAACGUGCAGCCGCUCUCUGGGUCUCCUGCCAAUUUUGCCGUAUAUACAGCUAUCGUAGAACCUAAUGGCCGUAUCAUGGGUCUUGACCUUCCAGAUGGUGGCCACCUUUCUCAUGGAUUCUUCACUCCCGCUAGAAAAGUAUCAGCAACAUCGAUCUUUUUCCAGUCAAUGCCCUACAAGGAGUGUCCCUGCUAUGCGCGUCACUUGGACUAUGCUCGAUUCCGAAAAAUCGCCGACAAGUGUGGGGCAUAUCUGAUGGCGGACAUGGCUCACAUUUCUGGAUUGGUAGCCGCUGGCCUGAUUCCGUCACCAUUCGAAUAUGCCGACGUCGUCACAACAACCACCCACAAAUCACUUCGAGGACCUCGUGGAGCGUUGAUCUUCUUCCGCAAAGGUGUUCGAUCAACGAAUGCAAAGGGCGAGAAGAUUAUGUACGACCUAGGCGACAAGAUCGCUGCAGCCGUCUUCCCUGGUCUCCAGGGAGGUCCCCACAAUCACACUAUCGCAGGAAUCGCUGUUGCGCUCAAGCAAUGUCUUACUGAGGAGUUUGUGGACUAUGCAAAGCAGAUAUUGGCAAACGCUCGCGCUUUGUCUGAAAAGCUCAUCUCCUUAGGCUAUUCUUUGGCUACAGGUGGAACUGACAACCACCUGUGUUUGGUUGACCUGAGGCCGAAAGGAAUCGAAGGUGCCAAAGCGGAGCAGGUCUUGGAUUUGGCUCAUAUCACAUGUAAUAAGAACACUUGUCCCGGUGACGCAUCCGACUUGGAACUCCUGCGCUCACCUAGUCGUGGUUUCAAGGAGCACGACUUCGAACAGGUCGCCGUCUUCAUUCACGAAGGUCUCGAAAUUAUGCAACGACACAAAGGACAGUUUGGAAAGACUAUGAAGGAUUUUAAGGCUUUCAUCGAGACCAACAAGGAAUUCUUGAAGGAAAUCGAAGAACUCGCAGAGAGAGUCGAAGCAUUCUCGAUGAAGUUUGAUAUUCCUGGGGACGGAGAGUUUUGA